AUGUCACUUAAGUUUAAUGAAGAGUUUAAAUACGCAUUACGUGACAUAGCAAAUAACUCUUUUAAGCUGGAAAAUGAAUUUGACAGAGUCCGUUGUACUGAAUGGGUUCAUAAAUUGGUGAUGUUGUCAGAUGAUUCUUUAGAAAAUAUAAAAAUUCGCAAUGAUUAUGCUCAAUAUUUACGUAUAAUGCUUAGAGCUGGUGUUCUACAUGGAAUAUUUUCCAACAGUCCACCAACAAUUUUAAUGCCUUUCCCUGAAGCCAUGGGAAAAUUGGUAGCAUCAAAAGUUCCAUCUCUUCCGCCUAUGGGACCAAUUAAUGUGUACAUGAAGCACUGGUCUCCGGACGGACGAGCUUAUGUGGCUAUAAAACCAAUACCUGGAAAAGGAGUACUAACUUACCUUUCAGUCACUCCAAUAACUGAUGGACAACAUAAUAAUUAG